UCCAAAAUUCCAUUCCAACAAUGAGAGAAAUAUUUUGAUAGGAAGAUGCGUAAUAAAAGCAGCAACCGUGUAACUCCAUUUUUAGCCACUCUUUCACAGAAAUUUCUGCUGCUUCCAUCAGGGUCACUCUUAUUACUCUCACUUUCCCCCACGAUUGCUGGUGCCACCAUGUGUGUGCAGGAUGCAGAGAAAGAUAUGGAUAACAACUCAACAAAUUCAUGGCCUUUGCAUUGUCACCUUUUGCUCGCCACCCACACGGACAAAAAAGGAUCUUUUUUCACAACUUCAACUCCUGACACCACAGAUACCACUGUCCAAAGUUCCUUUCCUCUAGAAAGCAUUUAUGAGGACGAAGUGAUUGCAGAAAAGAAAGAAAAUCAGAUGAAUUUGACCCCGGCUCUUCGAUCUGGAGAGUGGUCUGACAUAGGAGAACGCCCUUACAUGGAGGACACUCAUAUAUGCAUUGGAGACUUGGCAAAGAAAUUUAAUUAUAAUGCACUUCCUGGGGAAGCUGUUUCCUUUUAUGGCGUAUUUGAUGGACAUGGAGGGAAGAGUGCUGCGCAAUUUGUACGUGAUAAUCUGCCAAGAUUUAUUGUUGAGGAUGUUAACUUUCCUUUGGAGCUUGAGAAGGUGGUCAAAAGGUCAUUUUUGGAGACUGACGCUGCAUUUCUAAAAUCAUCCUCUCAGGAGCCUUCCCUUUCUUCUGGCACAACUGCUUUAACCGCAAUUGUAUUUGGAAGGUCUUUACUUGUAGCUAAUGCGGGAGACUGUCGAGCUGUCUUGUCCCGCCAUGGAAGGGCCAUAGAAAUGUCUAAAGAUCAUAGGCCAAACUGUGUCAAUGAAAGAACACGGGUUUUGUCCCUAGGUGGCUUCAUUGACGAUGGUUACCUGAAUGGGCAGUUAGGUAUCACUCGUGCUAUUGGAGACUGGCACCUUGAAGGAAUGAAGGGAACGAGUGGAAGAGAAGGACCACUGAGUGCUGAACCUGAACUUAAAAUGAUGACAUUGACCAAAGAAGAUGAAUUCUUGAUAAUUGCUAGUGACGGAAUAUGGGAUGUUUUUAGUAGCCAAAAUGCUGUGGAUUUUGCUAGGAGGAGGCUACAAGAGCACAAUGAUGAGAAACUAUGCUGCAAGGAAAUAGUGCAGGAAGCAAUGAAGAGAGAAUCAACUGAUAACUUGACAGUUGUGAUGGUAUGUUUUAACUCAGAUCCUCCAACACCUGUGGUUGUGGAAAGAACACGAGUAAGAAGAAGCAUAUCUGCAGAAGGACUUCAGAAUCUAAGAUCCCUGCUAAAAGAAUAAAGCAUUUUUGUAUGCAAAUAAACAGUUCAGCUGAUUUUUUAGAGAUGUCACUCUGUACAGAUAUAUUCAUCCACCACACAGUUAUCACAAGAUUGAACUAGUGCCCUCUCCGAUGAAGAAAGAACAAGGCGUGGAGUAAUAUUCUAAUAAGUUUACAUCAUUACAAUUAUUUUUUCCAAUGUGUUUGGAGGAGAAAAAUAGUGUAAUAUGGGACGAUAUGAUUAAAUGUAACAUUCUACUUUUAUUUUUCAUCGACUUAAUGUAAAUAAUUGACAACUUAUUACGA